ACCUGCAACCACCUGCAACCACUUGCCUCCACCUGCCACCACCUGCCUCCACCUGCCACCAUCUGCCUCCACCUGCCACCACCUGCCACCACCUGCCACCACCUGCCUCCACCUGCCACCAUCUGCCUCCACCUGCCACCACCUGCCACCGCCUGCGACACCUCCAGCCAGACAGUUUCCAACCACCCAUCGCUUUCCUUACCCAAUGCCCUCACCGGAGUCCUCACAGUCCCCAGAGGAUAUUAUUUCUCAUAUUCAAAAUGAGUAUUCAAAACUAGUAAAUACUCGCCAAUCCAUAGCCUUCCUUGGUAGCAGACAGGCCCGUACUCGCGUGGAAUCUGCCUCUAAACUAACAAACAAAUUUGAUCGAGAGAAGAAAACGCCACAUACCCGGAGAUUCUUCCAGAAUAUAUGGUCGGUCGUAUUUGAAAACCAGAAAAUGUUAUUCUUGGCAGUUGCUGUAGCCUACUCGGCGAAAGAGAUAAAUAAGUGGGAUAUAGAUAAAGUUACAGUGUUAUUUGAAGUCUGGGCGAAGGAAUUGGGGGGGGAUGUGCCUCCAGUGCUUACUGAACAUCAUUGUCUUCUUCCAAGCCAAGGUAUGUCUUAUCCUAAAGCUAAAGAAUCACAUUAACCAAUAACUCACUUCUUAGAUCCUAAACCACAAAGCACUGGCCUUGAGAUAGAUGGGGGUAGGCAGCUAGCCACUUAUCAAAGCUCAGGUUCGAUAUAGCAAGACCUUUUCCAGACUACCCUCUAGUACUACUUGAGUUAGAAGCUAAUAACUCUCAAUAGUACCAAGAGGGGAGAAGCGUAAGAGAGGGCCAGAAGAUAAGCAUGGAGAUCUACAGCCACAUCUUGACCUGAACCAAUACGGCUGGGAAUUCAAAUGUCCAGAAAGCUUUAAAUAUGGCAUCGUAGACAUCAACUCGCUAGACAAUGAAACAAUCCUACUAUGGGAGAGCCAGCCACCAACUAUCACCGAGACGCAAUUUCGACCUACAGAACAAGCCGUAUUCACCUCUGUUUUCAAUGCGAUGCAUCAAUCUCAAAAUUAUCAAGUCUAUCGAGAUGGUGAUCUAGUUUUGCAGGCUUCCGCGGAACGCUUUAAAUUGGCAGCUGAUGCAGUCUACCAAGCCACAAACGGCUGUCCAACUGGCCCAGUGCACUCUAUCUUAAAUAUAUGGCUGUCUGACCCAGCUCUAUCGAUGCAGCCACCCCAACAACUACAAUCAAGCCAACACCUCUGCCAGGUAGAGUUUAAAGUAGGGUUCAAUGUAACUCCGGAGGGAACUUUCGUCGAUUUACAUCAUGGUAUGUGAAUCUUAUAAAACAGCACAGAUUGGAAUAUAUAACUAAUUUAAUUCAGAUCAAUGUAACCGUAGUCUAGCUAAGACGAUCGCUGGGUGUAUCAAGACAUGGUUAUUGUUUCCACCCCUCCAAGAAAAUUUGGAAAUCUAUACUGAGUCGAUUGGAUUUCCUAACCGCCUCGCUCGUAUCGGAUCUCAACUCAAGGGUGGCAUCAUCGCCGUAACAAACUCAGAACAUGUACUAGAGUUCCCUGCAGGCACCAUACAUGCUGUCUUUACUAAUAGUGGCGGCUUCUUGUGCGGUAUCAAUUACUCCACAGCAGAAAGUCUUCCAACUAUGAGUCGUGUUCUUAAAGCCCUGCUACAAAUAUUUCAUAUUUCACCAGAAGCCGUCUACGAAGAUGUUCGAACAUAUGUAGAAGCUUUUAUAACAACUAUUAAGAUGGAUAAGCAUGGCCUCAUCAAGGAUGCCCUCACAAGCUGGAUCGAAUUGAUUCCAACAUUACAAAAGCUGUUAAAUGGUCAACCGGCAAUAAAAAAGACUCUAAAGUCACAAAAGAAAUCCCAAAGGCAUCAAGAUGUCAAUCACUUCCAGCAGCUUCGGAAGCUUCUGCAGACUGUAGAUGACUGCCUUUUAGAGUUUGGUUUAGGAAAGGGACACUCUCUCCGUUGCCCAUGUGGGGAGGAAUCGGACCAUAUUGCUGAGCAUGUUGUAAAAUCCCAUCUUCUUACUUUACAGGAGUUGAUUUAAAUUUGGCACUACGAAAUUCCCGACUUUUCAGCAUUGGCUGCUUGCAUUCCAUUAGUAAAUGGGGCUCAAUGACCGGAAACAGCCAUUGAGUUGUUAUCCCGUACAUGUAUAUACCAUUUUAGAUUUUCAUUCGAGAUAUGUGUUGUACUUCAUGUAGGUG